UCAGCUCACUUCAGCAGAAAUCUGACAAUGAAGUCCCAGCUGGUAUCAGUCGUCUUCCUCCUCCUGGCUCCUCUGUUGACCAGCUGCCAGCAGCUCGUCCUCCCACUGGACUGCAGUGACAUCUUUUACCAAAGUACCAACCGACCCAGUGGAGUGUACACCAUCUAUCCCAUCGGGUCCACUUCUGCCGUCCAGGUGUACUGUGACAUGGACUCACUAGGAGGACGGUGGACGGUGUUCCAGAGGAGGAUGGACGGCACCGUGAACUUCUACAGGGGCUGGGAUCAGUACAAGAAGGUCUUUGGAAGCGCUGCUGGAGAGUACUGGCUCGGUCUUGAGACUCUCUUCCACCUGACUCUGAGGAAGAAGUACGAGCUACUGGUCGACAUGGAGGACUUCUAUGGAAACAAAGCGUACACUCGUUACUCCUCGUUCUCCAUCGACUCAGAGUCUGAUGGAUACAGACUGCAUGUAUCUGGAUUAACUGAUGGAGGGGCAGGAGACGCCUUGAGUUAUCACAGUGGACAGAAGUUCACCACCUUCGACAAAGACCACGACACCUGGAAUGAGGGGAACUGUGCCAGAAAACACCUGGGUGCGUUCUGGUACAAAUAUUGUCUUUCUGCAAACCCCAACGGGGUUUAUCGUUGGGGGGCUGACAAGACUCUCUUUGCUGUUGGAGUGGAGUGGCGCAGUUGGAAGGGCAAUGACUACUCUCUGAAGGCCUUCAGCAUGAAGAUCCGUCCUGUGCAGUAGUUCUCCAGGAAAAACGUACAGCAGAACAUCAGCAGCUGAUCUCUCUCACUUAUCUAGAACAUAAUCUCACAUGAUGUUUAGAUGGAAACAGACACAUAGAGUCCGAUAACGUGUUGAUAACUGCAUUAACUGCCAAAGAUAAAGAAAACAUGGAAGCAA